CUCCACUGAUUCCACGCAUGAUUGACAACACAACUCACGUUGGCCCAUGUCAUACCGGUUUUGCUCGUAAAACCGCAUCAUCCUCAAUGCCGUUAUCCGGUAGCCUUCCUAGCCCCAAAUCGAGUCAGCUCUAGAUUGUUCUUUGGGAAACUGGAACAAAUAGUGUCCGCCCUCAGCAACAACAUGUUCUGCCGCAUCUCUUCUGGGAACCAAACACAUCAGUCAAACUUUCCCGCCGGAAUCUGUGGGCCUGACACCUGCGAGAAUGCCAUCCCACAACGACUUUGAAGACGACGCGGCUCGGAGGAGCUAUGUCGGUCCUCAUUCGGGGAAGCACCCAAUCCCAACCAUUCAGGGCUAUCGUGAGCGGAGGAAGGAGCUUGACAGCGAUAACGAGCUGGCAGAGAACUUGCAACAUGAACCCGCGGAUGACUCAAAACCAAAGCGAGCUUUUGACUCGGUAAAAGCCAUCUUCAAUGAUCAAGAUUCACCAAAGUCACACCAUGAUCCGUAUCCGGCAACCAACCGCAAUUACGCGGUUCCGCCUGGCGAAGAGGGGCGGAGUGUUGGGCCAGCGAAUAGCCAGGUUGAGGCUCAACAGGCCAGCCAGUCUGACCUGCAACAAGACGAACCAGACUCACAAAGGAAACCAAAGGGCAGCGGUGACGGCAAGAAGCAAGAAAAAACAGCCACGGAGGCAGCAGCUAGUGCCGUGGAUCCCAAGGAGAAAAGGAAAGUCAUGAAGAAGACCAAGCGACAUGGAGGGGGGCGCGAAGUCACUGACCCAGUCACACAUCUACCAAUUAUAAUCCAUGACCAAACAGAUAAAGACCUCAAUGCAGCACCUGAGAAUGAAGCAGAGCCUGGAACGGACCACUUCACAGCUACUGGACCACAAGGCGCAGCAAAGUCAAGAGACGAGCUCGACGAAGAGCAACUCCGUCUCCAGCGAGGGUUCAAUGGCACUCGGAAGCUUUUUCCGCCUCCUGAUCUCGAGGAUCUGCAAAAAGAGUUGGCCUCGGUUUACCAGCAAGCCGUUUACUGGGGUUUCGUUUUUGUUGGAGUCGCCACUGCCCUAGUAUUCAUCAUCCCAUCUCUCUGGGGACGCUGGUACCCACAGUUAUCAACACUUAUAGGACUCCUUUGCUUCGCCCUUUUGGUUGCUGCCACAGCUUACGGCAUGGGUCAAUGGAUCAACACGAAAGUCAACGCAGUCUUCGAGGACGAGACUUGGGACGCUGCUCGUGCUGAGGAGGAAGAACUUGAUCCAGAGACUGUACUGCCUGAAUCAGUGCAGUGGCUCAAUCGCCUUCUUGCGUCCAUCUGGCCUUUGGUCAACCCCGAUCUGUUUUCUUCUUUAAUUGACAUGAUCGAAGAUGUCAUGCAGGCAUCGCUGCCGAAAGUCAUCAAGAUGGUCAGCGUUGACGAUAUGGGGCAGGGGAAUGAAUCUAUUCGUAUACUCGGCGUCCGCUGGCUUCCUACAGGUGCCGCAAGCAAGACAGUCUCCUCCGGAGGAAAGUUGGAAGGCCCCAAUAAAAAGUCUCAAAGCGAUAGGACAGACGCACAGAACGAACAAGAACAGGACGAAAACGACAGGACUGAUAAGGGGGCUAGCAAGGAGGGUGAUGAGAAAAACGAGCAGGAGGACCAAGAUCAAGUUGCGAUCCGAGAAGGUAUGGAAGCCGAGGAGGGCGAUUUCAUCAACCUUGAACUUGCUUUCUCGUACCGAGCCCGCUCUUCAGGCAAGUCAAUCACUCAGAAGGCUAAGAGCGCCCACAUGAUGCUCAAGUUCUAUCUGCCUGGUGGUAUUGCUGUGCCCGUGUGGGUGGAGCUGCGCGGAAUUGUUGGAACCAUGCGGCUUAGACUACAGCUUACGCCCGAUCCGCCUUUCAUCAGCCUUUGUACUAUCACAUUCCUAGGACAGCCCAAGGCCUCGAUGGCCUGUAUACCAUUGUCGAAACACAGUCUCAACGUUAUGGAUGUUCCUUUGAUUUCCUCAUUUGUGCAAUCUGCUAUCGACGCCGCUCUGGCUGAGUACGUUGCACCAAAGAGUUUGACCCUCAACCUGAAGGAUAUGUUAGUUGGGGAUGACUUCAAGAAGGACACGAUAAGCAAAGGAGUCGUCCUGAUUUUCAUCAAGAGAGCUCGCGGUUUUAAGCAGGGAGAUGGUGGUAUCGGACCGAUGCAAGGGGCCAGUGAUGCUUACGUUACUGUCUCUUGGGGAAAGUUUGGCAAACCAGUCGCUUCAACUCGAAUCAUCAUGGACGACCAAAGCCCCGACUGGAACGAGUACGCUACAAUUCUCGUCUCCCCGGAAGAAUUGAACGCGGAAGAAAAGUUGCGCUUGCAAUUGUGGGAUUCCGACAGAUGGACUGCAGACGACGACCUAGGUCGAGUCGAGUUGGAUUUGAAAUCCUUGAUCCACAAUCCAGAGUCCCAUAACAAGAUCCAGAAACGCGAAGAUCGCUUUACCGGCCAAGACCCAGAUGAGGAAAUGGCUGGCUCUCUUACUUGGAGUGUCGGAUACUUCACCAAGACGAGGAUUCAGCAAUACCAGCUCGAGCAGCAAACUGUUGAUGAUACGAUCAGGACAAAAGAGCAACUCAGAGACCACGUUUCACAAUUAUCCGAGCACAAAUUGCGAGAAGCUGAUAAAUCUUCUGAUGAUGACGAGCUGCACCAACAGAAGGCUCAGGACUACCGGGAACUAGAGGACGCAAUGAUAAUCUCGGCACCGCCAUCUGACGAAUUUCCGUCAGGUAUUCUCAGUGUGCAAAUCCAUAACAUUACCAGUCUUGAGGUGCAAAAAUUGCGGAAGCAGGAUAAGCACAACGAAGGAAAAGAAGACCAGGAAGACGAGUCCGAAAGAGACGACGACAUGCCGGACAGUUAUUGCACGAUUAUUCUCAACCAUAAGAAGACCUACAAGACACGUACUAAGCCGAAAAACUCCAAGCCUUUUUUCAAUGCAGGUAUGGAGCGCUUCAUCCGAGACUGGCGUACCACGGAAGUCAUUGUCAGUGUACGAGACGCUCGCGAGCGCGAAGACGACCCGUUGAUCGGAAUGGUAUAUUUGCCUCUUGCCAAGGUCUUUGAACACAGGACUCAAAUUAUGGAGUCCUACCCGCUGGUAGGAGGCAUCGGCUAUGGAAGAGCGCGCAUAAGUAUGGUAUGGCGAAGCGUUGAGAUGAAACUCCCUCAGCACUUGCGAGGCUGGGAUUAUGGUACACUCGAAGUGAGGGGUGCAAUUACGGCCAAGUCAGGUCUACCUGAUGAAAUCUUGAAGCAUAGGAUCAAGAUUCGCACCAACGUGGGUAAGACUAAGUUUUAUGGCGAAGGUGGCCGAUGGAUGGUCAAAGGAAAGGACGAAUCGGAGAGUGCGUUCCUCGCUGUGCGCAAGAGAUAUUCAUCUCCUCUCGUAAUCGAGUUCCGCAAGUCAGCGCUUGGCCCUGAUAGCACUAUUGCAUUUGCUGUACUGUGGCUUCAAGAGCUUGUUGACGAAGAAGACGAAGUACACAUAAUGAAGGUUUGGAAAGGUGGUAAAGAUCAGCUUAAGAAGGCUGAAUCGUGUUAUGGCUACACAGGCCUGGAAGAGGGCGAGCAGCCAUUAGGCGAGCUCGAAAUUCCGCUCAAGUUCUGGAGAGGUUUAUCUGGUUUCCACAAGGGCUAUGCUGCCAAGGUCAAGAAUGGUGACAUGCGCCAGGUAAUGGAGUGCUUGGACACUAUCAGCGACGAGAAUCUCAAGGAGGAUGGCGAGUUUGACGAUACCGAUGAUGAUUCGGACUCAUUUGAUGAGAGAUGCGAUAGCCAGGCGAAGAAAAAGCUCAAGGUCCACACCAAUGACGACUCGUCCGAUUCUUCAUCAGAUGACGACAAGGGCCACUCCAAUUCAUCAUCAAAUGUUUCAAUAUCGGGGUUCAAAAAGGUCAAGAACAUACUCCGUAACCCCGUUGAAGGGACCAUCGAUACAGCUACCUCGGUCCUGGCACCGGGGCAUGUUGACUCCAACGAUGGGUCAAGAGGCCUCAGAAAUCAGAUGAGAGACUACAAAGACCAUCACAAGCAGCUACAUCGAAAGCACCACGGUAUUAUGCAGUGGCGUGUAGCACGCCAAGCUGAUCACAUGGGAGGGAAAAUGAGCAGGCUUAAGGGAAAGAUUGAGAAUGCUUUUAGUCACACUGAGAAGGACACUGGUGUCGAGACCGAGGUUUGACGGAUGUAAUGAAUAUGAGUAGUAUGAAUCCCAGUGCUGUGUACGAAGUUGUUGGUCAUUACAAAGUCUACCGUUCAAUUCUUAUCCACUGAGCAAUGUAUGAUACAGGGUCUCGAAUUCAAUCAGGUUGUAAUCAAGUCUAGUUAUUGAGAGAAGUAAGUAAUAUGACAUGGCAUAAGCUACCUUGUCGCAGUCAUGUCGAUAUACAUUAAAAUCCAUUAUCAUUGCAUAUCAUUUUGUAUCUAC